AUGAGGGUUGCGAAGGAUAUAUUACGAUCGGUGCAGCAGGGACUGAGCAGCCGGCGAGCAGAAGCGCUGCUACGGCUGGUGGUUGCCGCGUCCGCGCUCCUGCUGCUCACGGUUUAUCUCCAGCGUCCGCUAUACGCAUCAGAAUCAAGCAAAGACCUGGAAAUAUUGGACGAGUUAAAGAUUAUGCUCGUGGUGUGCAGCAGCGACUCAAAGACUCUAGUGGACUCAACUGACAGGCAGGUACAGCAAGCUAAAGUGUCUAUCAAAGCGGCAAUUUUUCUGUCACGCCGGCGUAUUAGUUUCUAUAUCGUGAGCGACUCUCAAGCCAUCUUCAACGAGCUCGUAUUCUCCACUAAGGUCUGGCCAACGGCCUACAGAGAGAGAAGCUCGUUUCAGUUCGUGGCCUCGUGGUACCCGCCGGGGCACGAGGACAUGAGAGGCCUCUUCCGCCCCUGCUCGUCUCAGCGACUCUUCCUGCUGCGCCUGCUGCCGGAGGAGUCCGCCGUCCUCUACAUGGACAGCGAUGUCAUCUUCCUGCGCCCGCCUGAAGAACUCUGGCAAAUUUUCAGCGAGUUCGGCGAACGCCAGUUUGCCGCCGCGGCUCUUGACAAACGAGAUUAUAAUUAUAUACCGGAGGAGGUUCGGAUGACAGAUAUGGGGUUUAACGCAGGUUUGCUUCUGAUGAAUUUAACCCGCAUGAGGCAGUUCCCGGGAGGCUGGGAGGACCAAGUGCUCAACAUUACGGUUACAUACAGCGAUUAUUUAAAAUUUGGUGAUCAAGAUAUACUCAACAUCUUUUUCGCCAAGGACUAG